CCUAUAUCUAUGUCAAAAAAAAAAUUGAAUUGGAAUUACCUGCUUCUCUCACAUAACCCAUUUUUUGUCUCUUUCUUCUUCCUUUUUCCCUCUCAAACCCUUACAAGACACCAUUUUUUCUCCCAACUUGAAAACACACAUUCAUUCUUUAUUUUUUUGGGGUUUUAAAGAGAAUGGGGAGUUGUUUGAGCAAGAAGAGCACUUGUUCUGUUUCUUCUCCUCCUCUUGCACUUGUGAAACAAAAUCAAGAAACCCUUGUAGAAAAGAAGAAAGUAGAUGGACAGGUAGUGAGAAGAGAAAUCUUUGUUAUCAAACACAGGGUAAGUCAUGAAGAAGGCUCUAAUAAACCAAAUGAAUCUUCUGCACCAUCGAGGAGGACUUCGAGUUGUAACAAAGAUGAAGUGGAUACUAUUUUGAUACAAUGUGGGAGGCUUAGCAGAAGCUCAUCUCCCAACAGACCUUUACCUUUUGAAGCUAAUACAAGUAGAAAGCACUCUUUUUCCAAGAAAAGUGACGGUGAGAAUAGUACAAGGGUGAGUAGAUCUCCUGUUAGAAGAUCUGAAUCACCAAUGAAAGCUAAUUUGGCUUCUAGUGAUGCUAAUGUUGGACCAGGAACGAUGGUGUCUGUGCCUGCUACUGUUUCAUCUCUUGUGUUGGAUAAGAAUACUGACCUGAUUUCUACAGCUCAUAUUCAGAGGAUUCAAGUGAAGAGAAAUGUGGGUGUUGCAUCUCCUCGUGCUCGGUCACGGUCAGUGUCUCCGGGGAAGAUGAAUUUGAAGGCGUCAACCGAGAACAUGAAUUUUCAACAACAGCCCUUGUACCUUAGCCGCAGCAAUUCCAGGAAAAGAGAGGAUGAUUCCCCUUUCAGAAGAAAUUCUUCAAGUGAGAUUGAUAACCCUGUGGUCAAUGAAACAAUGCCCUUCUAUAUCCAGAAACUGAAUGCAGAAAAUAUAAACAAUGGCAAAGUUGUUUUAAAAGGAACUGGGGAAAGCCUUAGCAUCAGCAAAGUAGCUCCAGAUUAUGGCCUUACAAAUGUAUAUGCCAAAUUCAAGAAGCAGCUGGCACAGGAAGCUAAAGCAUUGAGAACAGUUUCAGGGAAUGCUGCAGUGGAUAUGGUUGCUUCAGGAUCCGAGAGCUUAGCGCCUGAGGUAAUAAGAAGAAGCAGGUCACCGAGGCUAUCCCGGGACAUAGACAUUAAUCAUAGGGUUCAGUCAACUCUUACUCAAUCAUAUACUGAGUUAUUGCUUGAGGACAUACAAAACUUUCAUCAAAAGAGCAGAAACCCUUCAUUUUCACUUCCACCUGGUGCAGUUGCUGACUUCAACUCAACUACUAGUUCCAACGUAUCCAGUGCUUUCUCUGAAGACAGAAGAAGCAACCGCACAGUCGAGCAUUUUAACAAGAUUACCAGUGCUUGUUUAGCAACCAAUCCUCAGAGUAGGUUAGCAAUAAAGAACCCAUAUGCAGAGUCUGAGGUUGCCUUUAGUGAUGACUCAAUGGAGCCUUCCAGAAUCCAGAAGUAUGCAACAUUUGGAAGGGGAACUGAUGGUGGCUCUAUGGAAGAGCUAGAAUCCUCAGAAAGCAAUAGUUUUGUUGGUUAUCAACGAUGUAGGUUUUCCUCGUCCUCACAAGAACCACAUUCAGCUGAUUCAACCGAAUCUUGGACUCCAAAAUCUUACAGUAGGCUGUAUAUGAAUCCAUUAGCCUUUCAAAAGUGUACAGUAUCUGAUCAUGUUCCUGAUAUGGAUGAUGGUAAAAGUAGAAUGACUGCAAAUAAGAGGGAUUCAGAUAACCAGCAACAUGGAAUAGUUCACAACAGCAGUGAAGCUAGAGGACUUCACAUAUCACCUAUGGCAGCAGCAGCUGCUUUGACUUAUUAGAUAUAUAUGCAGUUUGUUCGAGGAUUGAUAUGUCGCUGUUUUGGUUGCUCACUUAGCAAUUUUUUCAUCUCAGUGUUUACAGUAUCAUUUACUUAAGUAUUGUGUUGCAAAUAAUCUUUUAAGUUAUCUAACA